AUGGCUGAUACUGGCAGAGCAACAGCUUCCCCGCUUGCUCUCCAGAUCUGCCCGGUGAUCCCCCAUGGAAGAGGGUUUCUGCAGAGCCCAAACAUCCCACUAAACCCUGUUUUCUCUGCUGCCCAGUUGCAGGAGCUGGUGUGCCAUGUGAUGAUGGGAAACCUCGUCAUGUUUCGGAAGGACUCGGUGCUGAAUAUCCUGAUUCAAAGCCUGGACUGGGAGACCUUUGAGCAGUAUUGCACCUGGCAGCUCUUCCUGGCACACAGCAUUCCUCUGGAGACCAUCAUCCCCAUCCUGCAGCACCUCAAGUACAAAGAGCACCCUGAGGCGUUAUCCUGCCUGCUGCUACAGCUGAGGCGAGAGAAGCCCAGUGAGGAGAUGGUGAAGAUGGUUCUGAGCCUUUUUUUUUUCACCACCAGCAUCCUGCGCCACUGGUGCAUCAAACACGAUGACCUCCUGGCCGAGCACAUCAAGUCGCUGCUGAUCAAGAACAACAGCCUGCCACGAAAACGCCAAAGCCUGCGCAGCUCCAGCAGCAAACUGGCCCAGCUCACCCUGGAGCAGAUCCUGGAGCACCUGUACAACCUUCGCCUCAACCUGACCAACACCAAACAGAACUUUUUCAGCCAAACCCCGAUCCUGCAGGCGCUGCAGCACGUCCAGGCCAGCUGCGACGAAGCCCACAAGAUGAAGUUCAGCGACCUCUUCUCCCUGGCAGAGGAAUAUGAAGACUCCUCCACCAAACCCCCCAAGAGCCGUCGAAAAGCCACCCUCUCCAGCCCGCGCAGCCGCAAGAACGCGGCCCAACCGGCCAACAACGAGGAGGAAUCGGCUUCCAGCAGCGCCUCGGAGGAAGAAGACACCAAACCCAAACCCACCAAACGGAAAAGAAAAGGUUCCUCGGCAGGGGGCUCGGACAGUGACUGA